AUGAACGUGGACCGAGUCUCCAAUGAGGAGAAACUGGAGCUGUGCUGGAAAUACUCAGGGGGGUUCCUGCUGCUGCCCUUCCUGUGGGUGAUGAACGUGGUUUGGUUCUUCUGAGAGGCCUUUUGGGCCCCCCCAUUCAGGGAACAGCAACAGAUCAAACACUACGUGGCGCGUUCUGCACUGGGAGCGGGGCUCUGGGGGUUCUCCCUGGGGUCUGGAUUGGGCUCUUCCAGACUCACCGUGGCUAAUGGA